CAGCGCACUCAGUAUCUGGAGAGUCGCAUUUGUGCUCUAACAACACACAAUGACACCUUUCUGGUCAUUGUAUUGUAUAAAAGGCGUAAAUGGCUAGAGGAAUUAUAUCUCCGUACAUUUGCGCUCGAUGCGCUCAAGCCCUUAGUCGAAAUGCUCGAGUUCCCCCAGCUAGCCAAUGGAGGAAGUAUGCCACCAAGUCUCCCACCAAUUCAGAAAGCGACAAACCGAAGCGCGAAUCCAAGAACUCGACAGAUAAUGCCACCGAGUCUGAGCUAGGACCCAUGGCCCGCCGCCUCGAAGAGGCGACAGAAGAUGCUUUGCUAACGGGAGGAAGAGCGGGUCGACGAGCUGUUGAAGACGCGGGUUUCUCGGAUGAAUUGAAGGAACGUCUGUUAGCUAGAGUAAAAGAUGCAGAAUUCCGAUCAGAACACGCCGCGGCUUUUGCUGAAGCCGAGAUGCCGUCUUCAGCUAGCGCCGGCACUCGUCUUACGGCGACAAGUCAGCCGUGGACUGGAACCGAAACGACCGAAGAUGCUGUUCUACGGAUGCUUAACGAUGCGCAUAAACCUUUGAAACGAGAACUCCGGGGACGCCCGAAAAUCCCGGACCUUCAGCCUGUCGACAUGCGAAUUAAACAAGAACCGAAGAUGAAUGCAGGGCGCAGAGCUGCAAAUGCUAAAGACAAGGCUUCUAUGUACACAGGCAUGGGCAUAAAGGAGCUAGAUGGGAGUCUGAGUGAGAAAGAGAGGGAGGCACUGAGAAAAGAACUUCGCGACCGCUUUAGACCUGCCGCUCGGGCAAUGCCGAAUACAUUAUCGGGAUUAGCUUCGUUAGCGAAUGAGAGAAUUGAGGACGCCAUCGCGAGAGGCCAAUUCAAGAAUAUCCCGAGGGGCAAAGGGAUCGAACGAGACACGAGAGCGGACAACCCGUUUAUUGAUACAACUGAAUAUAUUAUGAACAAGAUGAUUAAACGUCAAGAGAUAGUGCCGCCAUGGAUUGAGAAACAGCAAGAAUUAUCGAAGGCAGCUCAUACAUUCAGGAGCCGAUUACGAAAUGACUGGAAACGUCAUACUGCCCGAAUGAUCUCAAGUAAAGGCGGUUCCCUCGAAGACCAAAUGAAUCGGGCAAGACUGUAUGCAGAGACCGAAGAAGUUCAUAACCCGCGUCGACGUAAUGUGGAUCAAAUAGCGAUACCUACCAACUCAACUGAUGAUCCUGUCAUGGUCAAAAUGCGACAGCAGGCAAACCAGGAUACGAAUCCCGAAUCGGUGCCGGAGACGGGUGAUGGUGGGGCAAAAUCUCGGGAUGAACCUCUCCCGCCUCCUUUUCGAGAUCCCGACUGGCUGGCCACUGAAAAAUCUUACAUGGAUCUUUCGAUUAGAAACCUCAACGCCCUUACGCGCUCCUACAAUUUGAUGGCACCCGAACUUGCUAAGAAACCAUAUUUCUCGCUAGAGCGAGAAUUGAAUAAUUGCUAUGCCGAUGUUGCGCCUCUGGUUGCGGAUGCCAUCAAGGACAGAGCUAGUGGGUUAUCAAAACCCAUGAUUGAUGGCUUCGCACGUACACCAAGGACAAUAUUGGAUCGAUUUGGCAAGGGAAGCCAAUCUAUUAAGCUAUAUGACUCGAAGACGCCCAAUUAUGGAUUCAAAGAGAUGUGGAGGGAUCUUUGGAAUCGCCAAGCUAGUUGAUUUUCUCGUGGUCUUAGUCAUGCCCCAUGUUCGAGAUGCGGCUGAAUCGUCAUGAGCUCUAGAAUAACAACUGCAUUGCUACCUGAUACUAGGCAUGUGGACUCGUACUUGGAAUUGUCC